UGAUUUUCAAGUUGUUCGCAAUAAAAAUCCUAAACCACGUACAAAUCAACAGUCAUCAUCACGUCCAAUGAGUGGUAAUCAAUCCGUUCGUGGUCGUAAUAAUGGAAAUUAUCACCGUGGUGGAGGAGCACCACAAAUGUCAGGUGAACGCGGUUAUUACAAUCAAUUUUCACCUCAAUAUUCUAAUCAAGCGCAACAAUUUUAUCAUCAUCAACAAGCACCUCCUCCUCCGCUUCACAUGGGUUUGUCGUAUCAUGUGAAUAACAAUAAUAACAAUACGAAUACUAAUCGACAGCGAUUAAAUUCCAAUCGGUCAAAUAAUAGUCGAAGUUAUCCUGAUAAUAGUGGACGUAUCCGAAAGGGAAAUAGUGAAACUUUACCGGAUGUUGAUAAUAGUUCUGUAGCAGCUGAAAAUCGGCCACGUUUACAAUUAUUACCUCGUUCACAAAAACUUUCAUCAUCAACCGAUGAUAAUCCAACACCAGAACCAGGCGCAAGAAAUUCAAAUAUUUUUGGUGUUGGUAAACCACGUGAUGAGCGUGAUCCAAAAAUUGCUGAAUUAGAAAAACAUAUUGAGGAAGUUGUUGAAAAAGAACAACAUGUUCCUCGAACUAAAUCAACUGCAUCUAAUGAAUCGACAGAUGGUGUCAUCAAGCCGGUGCGAAUUUUAACGGCAGCAACUGCAUCGAUAGUUGAUCAUUAA